UGUCAUCUAAGUGCUACAAAAGCUAACGAUUUUUUCGGGAAUAUUAGUCGUGUUAUGCGGUCGAAGGCACCAAAAUGUUCAAAAUUAUUGCAAUCUCUCUACUCAUCCGAACAAUAAGCGCGAUAACUACUAGACAAGAUGAAAAUUACUUCACCAGCUACAUGAAUCGAGAAGAAGAAACCGCGCGAAAAUUUUUGCAACGUUACAACUCUUUCAACCCUGUGAUUCUCCUUGUUGAAAACAGCCAAGCGAGUCAAGACGCAGCUUUAAGUUUCCUCAAAUCGGUGCACAAAUUGGAGCCAAGAGUGCAGAACAUAAAUUUCAUGCUGAUGCAGUUUAAUGAAACAAGCGUUAGCCCCGUUUUAGAGACCACGAGAAACAGCAAACUUCGUAUGGAAAAAAUCCUAAGCGAUAGAAUCCCUUCGAGCCCUUCAAGUUAUCUCGGACGUGAAACUAAUCGAAGUGCGGUUUUUUUCGGGAUUUUGAAUGCCGUCCAUUUGCUGCCCCCGACUAGUGGGGUGGUGGUUUUCAUGAAACGGGACGUGGAGGAUGAAGAUUUGUCCCAGCACGCGGCAAUCGAAGUCGAGAAAAAGCGGGUGCAAGUUUUUGUGUUUUGCGGAAUGAACCGGAAAGGGGGUUAUUUGGAGGAGUUAGCUGAGCGUUCGCGCGGCGGUUUUUGGAUUCAGCCGGACCGGGACUUGUCCUCUGAGUACUUCGAGGAAUUUUUGGAAAAUAUUGGUGCAUUCACGUCAGUGUCGAUGAUUUUAUCGCGGAGGAAGCUCCGCGGAGAAAAUAACCUGAUGUUUCCGAUCGAUUCUGAUGUAACAGGUAUCCACAUAAGUAUCGCUCCGGGGGUCACCACAGGGCUACUGACAACACCUGGAGGUUACAACAUUGGCGUUUUGAGGAGCGACGAUGUGGUGCGAUACUCCGUCGGGUCGUUCAUAAAACGAGGCUCUGGAGGGCACGAAAUCCACAUAAAUACUACGACGGCGACGACGCGGGACGUCGGAGUGUGGCGUCUCCAAGUUGGCAACGCGCGCGCACUUUACAACGUUACAGUUUUCGCACAUACGACCAAAAUCACCGACUUUGGGACAGCCGUAAAUAAGACAGGAAACAAGAAAAAAAUUGUGAAAUUGGGGAACAUUUCUUCGAUAAGCAACAUAACAAACGUCAGUUUCGUCACUAGGGACGGCAACCCCAUCCUCAGUAACGCCAAACUGGAAAGCCACAAUAACAAUUCCUUGAACAUAAACGUCGAAAAAGUCCCAAAUGAGUCAUUCUACGCCGUGAUUGACGGAAUCGACUCCAAAGGCCACAAUUUCAGACGCCUAUCGUACGUCCGCGGAAGCGAAAAAGACAUAUUUUUCCUCCCACCCAUAACCAUUGACCUGGGCUUGGGUUCCGAACUCAUCACCCAGCCAUUCCGCCAACCUCAACUCUUUUUUGAAGUAACAAACAAUGGCAACACUCCAACUUUAGUCCGAUUUUUUUGCCAAGACGACAAAGGCAUAUUACUAUCCAUGGACCCGUGGUACAAAUGGAUUAAUCCGCAAGAAACGGCAACCGUUCGGGUGACCCUUACGACAAGAUCAGGUCAAUACCAAGACCAUAUCACUUUUACAGCCGCUGGGACGGAAACCGUCAGUAAAAAAGUGAUAGUCGAUGUUGGGAUUAGUAACGACGAUCGGAGAGACCCCCACAUUGACUAUCACUUCACCAGUGAUUGCACUGGAGUUCUGCUGGGGAGUUGCGAGGAUGCGACUUGGACGGUUGAAGUCAAAGCUAAAGAUACGGGUUCUGGUUUGUUACAAGUCAUAUCUCGACCGAAAGGUAUCUACUUCCCCAAUGGUUUCACAAGCGGAACCACGGAGGAAGUGACUGGGUUUUUCAGCGAAUCUUGUUGUAACCCGGACCUGGAACUGAUCGCUUUUGAUAGACAGAAUAACCGAAGGACACGUCAUAUUAAUGCAUAUUGGGCUACUCUAAGUCCGGGGGCUAUAGCGGCGAUUGUUUUCGGGGUCAUACUGCUUAUUUUGAUUAUCAUCGGAUUGUUCUUCCUGUUCAGGAAAUGCUGCAUUGCUUGGCGUAGUAAAGGCAACUACGACCUGCCAGUAUAUAGAGGGCCCCUUAGUUCCAGGCGAGCUUAAUUUCUUUUUUGUUUUCUAUUUUUUUACAAUAUACUUUUAUAUUUCAAA